AUGAGCUCCACGCAUAAGAGGGGACAAGCCACAAAGCUUAAACCAAGACCUCUUGGCCUGAAAGAAGGUUUGACUGAGAUGUACCAGGACAAGCUGCUUUGCGACGUCACUCUUGUGGCCGAUGGACAGAGGUUUCCUUGCCACAGGGCCUUGCUAGCAGCCGUUAGUCCCUACUUCCGGGACAUCUUCGUCAAUGGCGACAGAGAGGCCGACGGGAAAGAGGUUCUGCUGCAGAAUGUGUCCCCGUCAAUCCUGCAGAACAUCCUGAAAUAUAUCUACAUGGAGGAACAUACGCUCAGCCCCGAGCUAGCUCCAUUCCUCUUCACGGGAGCUAGCCAGCUGCAGAUAACCCCCCUGCAGGACGUCUGCUGCAGGUUCCUGAUGGCCCAUCUCUCCAUUCAGAACUGCUUUGAGAUGUAUUCCUUGGCUCAGGCGCAUCGCAACCAGCCUCUCCUCCAUGCUGUUCUCCAGCUCCUGGUCAGGAAUUUUGACCGGAGCUUCGAAGAGGACCAUUUCCUCCAGUUGGACCCCGAGGACCUCAUGACCAUCAUCUCCUCUGAUGACCUCGCCGUGGCUUCGGAGCUCAAGGUCUACCAGGUGGUCCGGCGCUGGGUGCAGAGCCAGCCCCAAAACCGCAGCCCACUCCUCGGAGAGCUGCUGAGCCAUGUCCGUUUCCCCCUCUUCGGCCCCGAGGAGCAGGAAGCCCUCCAGGCAGACCUGGAGCAGUGGGGAGAUCUGGACCUCGAGUGGAAGGUCCUGGAGGGCGACGAGCGGCUGCGUCAAACCCGCGGGCUGCGCCAGGGCAUGUACAAGCCGCACAUCCUGUGCAUCGACACCCAGAUGUGUGAGUAUCAAGAGCUGGAUACCGAGGAGGCCCACAUGAGCUGCUAUGAGCCACAGGCCGAACUGUGGGAAAAACUCCCCGGUUUGCAGUCCUUGACUCACACCUGCUGCACCUCGGACGGAGACAGGAUCUACGUCUCGGGAGGCGUCUACAAGAAUUCUUACUCCGCCACCGUUUUCGAAUUCAGCGCCUUCACCAACCAGUGGCUGCCACUCCCAGCCAUGGCCGUGCCCCGGGCCGCACACGGCUUCGUGUUUCACCGCCAGAAGCUCUACGCCAUGGGGGGCUGGCGCAGAUUCCAGAGUUUCCUAAACCUGGCCGAGAGCCUUGACCUUGCGGCAGGGAAGUGGACCACGAUGGCCAAGCUGCCCUUUGCCCUGAGCCACCCGGCCGCCAGCGUGUUGCGGGAGAAGCUGUAUCUCCUUGGGGGUGCCACCGGCGUGUCGAACCACUGGCAGUUUCACAAGGGGGUCCUGAUCCAUGAGAUCAACUCCAACACCUGGACCCAAGUGCCUCUGGCGACCGGCUUCUUCGCAGCUGGGGCUGUGGUGGCAGACAACGGCAUCUACAUCAUUGGGGGGUACGCUGAGAAAAAGACCCGGGACUGGGUGGACGGGGCCCUUGUGCCUGAGAACCGGCACAGCACUCGCAAAUGCUUCUUCGUCAACGAGGCUGGCAAAGCGAGUCACAGCGUGACCGUUCCCAAACUGCCGCGGGGGUUGGCCAACGCAGGGGUGGUUUCCUGUGGGAAGCGGAUCUACGUGUUGGGUGGGGAAGACCUGGCCCAGCGUUACAAAGCGAUCUACCACUGGGAGCCCGGCGAGACCCGCUGGCACCGGGGCAGUGUCGAAAUCCCCGUGCCCCGGGAAGGCAUCAGCCGGUUUGGCUGCGUGACCUUGCUGAGACCCAAGCCUCACAUUCUCCGGCUUUUCCAAGUGGCCUCUCUGGUCCUUGUGGCAGCUGUCCCCAAAUCAUAG